AUGAGCACUCGACCCUCUCUUGACAGUGAACGACCACUGUCUCCGCCCAAUGGUGCUAACGGGAUCUUGAAUGGCGAAACGCAAGAUGACGACCUCGACCCCGUACAAAGAUUGCAGCGGGAACUCCAACGCACCAAGGAGGAGAAGGAUACACUUGCCACACAGUACCGCAAUCUGUUAUCUAAACUCACAACGAUGCGGACAACAUUGGGAAAUAAGCUGAAGCAGGAUGCCGAAGAACUCGACCGGCAAGAACAACUUGUGCAACAGCUGACUGCGCAGAAUGACGACCUCUCGUCCACGGUGGAAACACUCAAGUCGGAGCUCGUCGCCUCUAACGAGGAAGCAGAACGCGCAUCAAGAGAGCUUGAAGCUAUGCGCAGCCGCGCAUUGCAGGACAGCGCGCAGGAGUCGUACAUGCGGGAGCGUGAGCUACGGGAAACCCAGGGUGAGCUGGAGCAAUGUCGGAUGGAACGAGACGAAUGGGAACAGAAGGCGCUGCAGGCGCACGUAGGCUCGGACGAAGCCCGGACGACAGCGGGAAACCUACGCCGAGAGGUAGAAGUUGAGCGGACUGCCAGGGAGAUGGCGUUAGCCGAGCUACAGGCUGAGCGGGAGAAGUGCAGCAACCUUCAGUCCGUGUUGGAGGACUUCCAAGCUGCAAAGGACCAUGAGUUCAAUCAGGCGACAAGUGGCUACGAAUCACAGCUGCAGACAGUCACACAGUCCCUCGCAGAAUACAAGCACCGGGCCUUGACGGCUGAGACGAAGCUAGAGGAGCUAUCGUCAAAUAGUUCUAGAACACAAGACCUUGAGAGAGAGGUCAAAGAAAAGAAUCUGCUUAUAGGAAAGCUGCGGCAUGAAGCGGUCAUCAUGAACGAGCAUCUCAUGGAAGCUCUCCGCCGCCUACGCCAAUCAUCUACGGACACCAAUGUCGACAGGCGAUUAGUUACGAAUGUUCUUCUCUCGUUCCUGAAUACGCCGCGCGGGGACACCAAGCGCUUCGAGAUGCUUUCGCUUCUUGCAACUAUAUUGUCUUGGUCUGACGAGGAACGCGAGCGAGCAGGACUUCAGCAGAAGAGCGGCGCGAUUUACGCUGUCUCAGCAGUAUCGAGCCUAUUCGGAAGGAACGCCACCGGAUCUCCAUCACGGGCAAAGGGACUUGAGCUUGACAAGACGGACGAGACUGAGUCCUUCUCCCGCUUAUGGGUUGAGUUCCUACUUACAGAAGCCAAGUCGGGCGAAGAAUCUAGGUCAGGAUCUUCACCAGCCAAGUCAUCAUCAUCAUCAUCGCGCUCCAAUGGUUCACUUCCGACCACACCUACUCGCAGUACACGUCCACCGAGUUUCCUGUCUCCUCCCGGACUCAGGGGCACGAAACGACUGCCAUCAUUUACUGGUGCUGCGAUGGUUAGCACCCCCGACUUGGUCUUACAGGCACCACCCCUGGGAAAGGGUAAGGAGAGGGCGGACUUGUGA